UGGUCGGUGUGAAUUGACCAAAGAUCACUGCCCAUUGUACGGUCACUGUUAGAUGCAGACCAAAGGAAAUGGAACAAUCCCGAAGAAAGCAAAGGGCUCGGACCGAUCUGUAGACUGAGAAAUGAAGGAAAAUGGAACAGGUCUCUCCCAUGUUCUCGCGCCUCAGUAGAUCAGAGGGGUCGUCAUAUGCUGCUUUGCUCAUCUGACGUCUUCAAUUUCUCCUCUUCAGAAGGAGGGUUCUAAUUGAUGGAAGCUCCGACGACCUGUGCUCUGGGGGGCGCCAUGUUCAAGCUUCCCGGGAGGCUCGAUGGGAUACUGCGCCGCGGCUACAUGCUGCCCAAGGGCGCGGAGGAAGAGAUUCCGCUCAUCAAGCGUGAUCUUGAGGAAAUUAUUGCCAUUCUCUCAAACCUGGAGGACGACCAUGCUAUGAUGGUCAGGUGCUGGAUGAAGGAGGUGCGCGAGCUGUCGUACGACAUGGAGGACUUCGUAGACCACUACGAGCAUGCCACUGCUGGUUCCAGGAGCGGAUCCAUUCGUCGCUAUAAGAUUACUCGGCGGCGUAGGAGCAAGACGACACUCCCUUGGCUUCAUGACAAGCUGAGGCAACGCCUGUGGAUGGCAAACAAGAUCAAAGAGUUCAGCCUACGCGUGCAGGAGGUGCUCCAACGGCACAGCAUGUAUAAUUUUGGUGGCAUCGCCGGCACUGCUUCGAGUACUAGAUGUUCUGAUGCAUCUUCUGGCUCUUGGCAUCCUGCACCCUGUGGGGGAGACGAGGUCCAUGUUGGUAUCAAUGACACAAUGAACAAGCUCGAAGAGUGGCUGAUGACGGUGCACGAUGGAGAUGAGAAGAAGCUCAAUGUGGUGUCCAUUGUUGGAUUCGGAGGAGUCGGUAAGACUACUCUUGCCAACGAGCUGUACCGCAAGCUUGGACGGCAGUUCGAAUGCCGGGCAUAUGUGCGGACGUCUCAGAAGCCUGAUAUGAGGCGGCUUUUCAUCAGCAUGCUGUCCCAAGUUCGCCCGCACCAGCCCCCUGAUAACUGGAAGGUGCAUAGCCUAAUUUCCAGUAUCAGGACACAUCUCCAACAUAAGAGGUACUUGAUCAUAGUUGAUGAUUUAUGGGCGACAUCAACAUGGGAUAUUAUUAAACGUGCCCUACCAGAGGGUAAUAGUCGCAGCAGAAUACUAACAACAACUGAAAUAGAGGAUCUAGCUCUGCAAUCUUCUGGUUAUGACUCCAAUUAUGUUUUAAAGAUGAAACCACUGGGCCCGGACGACUCACGAAAACUAUUUUUCAGUUCAAUUUUCGGCCCUCAACGUGAAUGUCCUCCGGAACUCAUGGAUGUUUCGUACGACAUUAUAAGGAAAUGUGGUGGUUUGCCACUAGCUAUUGUCACUAUUGCCAGUCAUCUAGCAAGUCAGCUGGGCAUAAAAGAGAGAUGGGAUCAUGUAAACAAUUCCUUUAGUUACAGUUUGAUGACAUAUCCUACAUUGGAUGAGAUGAAACAAGUCCUCAACCUUUGUUUCAACAAUCUUCCCCGACAUUUGAAAGCAUGCAUGUUAUAUAUGAGUAUAUAUCAAGAGGACUACAUAAUUUGGAAGAAAGAUUUAGUGAAUCAAUGGAUAGCUGAAGGUUUCAUCUGUGCAAAUGAUGGUCAAGACCAGGUAGAAAUUUCAAGGGCUUAUUUCGAUGAGCUUGUUGGUCGAAAAAUGAUCCAGCCUGUACAUUUAAAUGACAAUGGUGAGGUUUUGUCCUGCGUAGUUCACUACACGGUACUGAACUUUAUCAUCACACACAGGUCCAUAGAAGAGAAUUUCGUCACUGCAAUACAUCAUUCUCAAGCAACCACCACACUUGCUGAUAAAGUUCGUCGACUGUCUCUUCACUUUGGUAAUGCAGAGGAUGCAACACCACCAACAAAUAUGAGACUGUCACAAAUUCGAACACUUGCUUUUUUUGGGGUCUUCAAGUGUAUGCCUUCCAUUGUGGAGUUUCGGCUUCUUCAAGUUCUAAUCCUUCAUUUUUGGGGCGAUAAGGAUAGCAUCAGUUUGGACCUCACUAGAAUUUCGGAACUUUUCCGACUGAGAUAUUUGAAGGUCGCAUCUAAUGUCACCUUAGAACUACAAACCCAGAUGCGAGGCCUACAGUAUUUGGAAACACUUAAAAUAGAUGCAAGAGUAAGUGCAAUUCCAUCAGAUAUUGUUCAUUUGCCAGGCUUACUGCAUCUCGGUCUUCCUGCUGAGACAAACCUGCCCGAUGGGAUUGGCCUCAUGACAUCGCUUCACACACUUGGACAUUUUGAUCUCGGUAGUAAUUCCACGGAUAAUGUGCAGAGCCUUAGCAUGCUGACCAAUCUGCGAGAUCUUCGGCUCACCUGUUGUUCUACCAUACAGGAGCAUGAUAAUCUGAAGAGCAAGAUGCAGUUCCUUCUAGGAUCGAUUCUUGGGAAACUUAGCAACCUCAAGUCUCUAACUCUGAAACCUACAGCCCCUUCUAAUACAAAUUCUCUGGAUGAUGCUGGUGCUACAAGCAUGAGCAUUUCAAGUGAUGGCUUCACAAGUUCGUCUCCUCCCUCGACGCUUCUUCAGAGGCUUGAGUUAUCGCCGCGCAUUUGCACGUUUUCCUGCCUCCCCAAGUUCAUCAGACAACUCGGCAACCUCUGCAUUUUAAAGAUUGGGGUUAAGAAAAUAACCAGGGAUGAUGUUGAUGUUCUCAAAGAAUUGCCUGCUCUCUCUGUUCUUUCGCUGCAUGUCCAUACCAAGCCUGCAGAAAGGAUUGUCAUUGGAAAGGUAGGAUUCUCCGUUCUAACAUACUUAAAGUUCAAGUGCUGUGACCCUUGGUUGAAAUUCGAGGCGGAUGCCAUGCCUAAUCUCCGGAAGCUCGAGCUAGGUUUCAAUGCCCGAAGAGCUGAUCAACAAAGUAGAAUACCUGUCGGCAUUGAGCAUUUGUCAGGUCUCAGAGAGAUCUCAGCUAAAAUUGGAGGUGCCGGUCCUGAGGAAUCAGACAGAAUGGCUGCAGAGUUGGCAUUCAAAGACGCCAUUAGGGUGUAUGGGAGCUGUCCGAGAGUCAGUGCACAUUGUGUAGACCAGAUAUUUGGUUGUAAGGAAGAUCAGAAUACUGUAACACAAGAAGAAGAAUAUGGCACUCUUAAACAAAACGAGAUGCUUGAUGAGGAAGACUCCGAUGGACAUGAUGAAAUUAUGGAGGAGGAUUCAGGACAAGAAGCAAACAGGCAUGCUAGCAACAGGUUUACGUUGUCUGAUCAAGAAGAAAUCCUGGACCAAGACAAAACUGAACAAGUCGAAAUUAUUCAGAACGUCCCCGGGGAGAAUGCGAACUAUAAAAGGAAACCUACUACGGAGUCGACGAAACGUACGUUGACGAGCCCCCUCGACGACGACGGUUACUCCUGGAGGAAGUAUGGCCAGAAGGACAUCCUCGGCGCGAAGUACCCAAGAGGUUACUACCGGUGCAUGCACCGCCCCUCGCAUGGCUGCAGGGCGACCAAGACGGUGCAGCGCAUGGACGACGAUCCGCCACGGUGCAUUGUCGUCUACCACGGACAACACACCUGCCCCCACACAGCGCACUCCAAUGACCAAAGCUCGGAAGCCGCAGCAAGAUCUGAAGCAGAGAAGCCGUUGUCCAUGCUACCCGGCAUCAAGGGCUGUGCCAGUCCAACCGUCUCUACUGUGACGAGCGACAUGGACAUCACGCGGUCUAGGCUCAGAAGCAAGGUGAAGGUGACGCGCAGCUCCGACGAUGUCGACGACGGUUACUCCUGGUAUAAGUAUGGCCAGAAGGACAUCCUCGGCGCGAAGUACCCAAGAUCUUACUACCGGUGCACGAAUCGGCACACGCACGGCUGCCCCGCGACAAAACAGGUGCAGCGCACGGACAGCGACCCGCUUCUCUUCGACAUCGUCUACCACGGAAAACACACCUGCGUGAAGACCGAGCACUCACACCUGCGUGAAGACCGAGCACUCCACCCACCAGGGUAG